AUGGCGGCAGGGCACGCACACGAUGGGCAAGCCGCUGGCACCCGACGCUCCCGGCUCCAACAGCAACAGGAUGCAUUGACAAAGGCCGCUCCGCCGUCCGCGCUGGCGCACCAGCUUCCCGCCGAACCAUCAGCCGUCGACCUUCCCCGGAUUCCCGUGCGCGCCGCUCGUCGACGACAAAGACGCCCGGCAGGGACUGUGGCAUAUAUAUGGGACUUUCUCAACUCGGAGCUCUGGGCCGCCGGCCUCGAGCGCAUUGUGGCUGAGCGUCUCGGUCAUGCUGGCGUCGUGCUGUCUCUUGCUCGGCCUGGGCUUCCUGCUGGUGUACAAGGUGGCCCGGGAGUGGGACUAUGCCAUUCGCGACCGCCAGCGACAGGUCAAGGAGGGGGCGGCGAUGGAUACACGCUCUUCCUCCAUAUCAAUGGUCCGGAGACCCCGGCGGAUGAAGAAGGAUGUCAUGGACUUGCAGCCGAGGAUGGAUAG